CGUCAGUCUGUGAUAGCGUCACGGGCGACACUUCUUUCUGUUCCGGUUUAUCACCUGUACGUCUACUUGAACGACAUGUCUACUGAGAGAAUCCUGAGAUUCUAACCUUCUUCAUGUGAAAACAAGAAAACCAGAGCUGUAUUCAUCACCAAGGACAUUCUUGUGCCAGGUUGCGCCACUUUCACAGUCUGCUUCCUUCGAAGUGACGAGGCGCUUAAGGAAUGGAUGGAUUUCCUUUGACAUUUACAGAGGCAGUGUGUCUUGGGGCCAGCCUCAGCCUUACAGGCAUCUGCUAUUAUCUCUACAGAAAGAGCCGGAAAACACUAGAUCAACUAGAUGAUGCGCCACACUUCAACAUAGAUAGCAAACUUGGAGACAUUUUGAAAGCUACCCCAGGAGCAUGUUUACAGUAUGCUGUCAUUGAAGGCCCUGUGCAGCCAAUCGGAGAGCCACUGAAAAGUCACUUCCACAAAGAUUUGGUCGGUGUGUUGCAGAAAUUCAAGUUAACGGAGCACAGGCUGGUAUGGAACGGCCUUUCACGCACUUGGACAGACAGUGAAAGAGUUCUACACCAAAGAGUGAACUCAGUGGCGUUCCUGAUAUCUGGACCUGAUGAGACGACUGUCAGAAUCCUGAAUCCUUUGCAGGCCUUAGGACAUUACAUGGAGAUAACCUAUGAGAAGUUCCACCAGGUCACAUAUGGCUUGGGUGACAUCGUUGGACAAUACCUCAGUGGGGAGAAACUCAAAGGGCAGCUGGAGACAGAGGAAAUGCUCAAAGUUGGUGCGAAUCUUACAUGUGUGGGUGAGCUGAUUCUAGACACAGAUGGCACCCUGAAUCUACGACCCCCCUCUAAUGGUUCUUUGUACUUUUUGAGCACUACGGACUUUGACACCCUCAGAGGAGAGCAGGAGAGCUCAGCUGUUUUGUGGAAGGUUCUGGCCAUCAUCUCUGCUCUGGCUGGAGCAGCGGUCCUUUUAUGGGUUGGUCGGCGUUACUACCACCAGCUGAAAGUCCGAUGGGAGCAGGAGCAGGAGAGGAGGGAAUUUGACAGACUUAGGGCUGAAGCCCCAAGAGCGCGUGCUUCAGCAGCAAGCCCAGAUCAAGAUGAGGAGGAAAACCUGGAGAACGCCUGUGUGAUCUGCCUCACUCGGCCACGUAAUUGUAUUCUGUUGGACUGUGGGCACGCGUGCUGCUGCCACAACUGCUACCUGGCACUUCCACAUCGUAGAUGCCCUAUAUGUAGACAGCACAUUAUCAGGGUGGUGCCUCUGUACCACGUUUGAAACACCUGUGUGACCUCAGUGGAGCUUCAUCACCAAACUGUGCAAGUUUUACACCUCAAAGGUGUUCACCAGUGAUUCUCACAAUUUUAAUGAGGGCCCCACUGACAGAAUAAAGUUAACAGAAGAGCCCCUUUUAUCAUAGAAAACCACCCAUAAUGAUUUGUAUUUUGGCAUAUUAAUCUGUCAUCCUAAAAUAGUGUAACAACACAGCCACUACAGUCUAGAUUCAAACCAGGUCUAUCUUCAUACUGGCGUAAGCUAGCACGCAUUUCCUUCACUUUCCUUCGGUUAUAUAUGUAAUCUGUCAUUAAAAUCAGUGUCAGGCAUUCAAGAUGUGCAUCACUGAACCGGUUACUCCAUUUUCUUUGUAUCCUCUGGAUAGUGUUCAUGAUUGUAAAUGUUGACUGAUGGGUGGAUGUGCUCCCAAAAGACUUUUUUUGUUUCAAAGCUUGAUUUAAACACCAAUUCCAGAAGUAGCCUACACCUGAUCAGAGUUCACUUUUUGAGUGUCAUUUCUCUGCAACUUAAUAAGUUCACCUUUCAAAGCAGAGACUCCAGGUCUCUUACAUCUUUGUUAAGGGCAUCUACGAUCCACCACAUUGUCAUUUAAUCAGAUGACCGUUAUCCCUUUUGUUGGCUUUAUAACUGACUUUUCAGAGUCUAGGAACAUAAUUUCUGCCAUAAUGUGAACUUUUAGAUGUUUGUGGGGAAGUGUUCUGUUUAUAUUUUAACAUUUCAUUUGUAUUGGCUGUGUUGUCACAUUUUUAUGAGCUACCAUGCGAGCUACCAAUUAAAGCCUGAUGAGCCGCAUAUGGCCCAUGAGUUGUGCAAUAACUAACGUCAGUUUUGGACUUGGUGCAUGUUUGCUGCUGGAUAACUGCCGCGCGUGUCAGCUCUAGCUCAUGCCAUCAUGGCUUCCAUACCAGGCUGCAUGUUGUAUACAUCUUCCUGCUGUCACAGUCCUGAGAAGUCCAACCUCAAUAAAUCUCCCUACAAAUUACUCAACCCAAUGUAUAACUAAGCAGGAAAAUAUCAGAUAAAAUCCUUCAGUACAAAUGAGGUGAGAUUCUCCACAGAAAUAUCAAACUGGGCACAAACCAGUGCUGUGUUUGUCUUACCUGAGACAUAUUCUACAUAUCUGCUGACAUAGGUAAAUACACCUCUCUGUUUGAAUUCUCUCUGUGUGAAUUUUUCCUGCUUUUAGUGGAAAGACACGUGAAAUAGGCAGGUAAUUCUCGACAAUCCUGGCGCAUGAGAUAUGCUUAUGAACUGCAUGACACACUCAUUCUGAAAGCCCUGACUUGUUAACAUACACACCAAAAUGAAGAUGCUGUGACGCAGCUGUUACGCAGCCACCACGCACCAAGUCUGAAACAGCUGUAACUGUGGUGUAAACUGAUGCACCAACAAAUAAAAACUCAUAUUUUA